AUGGACUUUUGCACCACUGAUACAGAUAACACCAUGUUACACUCACCCACCUCGUUGCGUCUUCAAGACCUCAUCACUGCUCCUGCUAAAGCUGAAUUCUUGUUGGAACUAUUGACCCCUGAUCAGAUUUCUGCCAUUGAACAGACAUUGGGUAACGUAAAGAAGAGAAGACUCAACAAGGCGCCCGCUACCACCCAAACGGCCGUCGCAUCUCCAUCCUUUUCACCUGCCAACCCCACUUCUCCCAUCUCCACGACUGCAACUACAACCCCAGCUUUGAAACAAUCCAACAAUAGCACCACCAACAACAACAAUAGCACAUCAGCUCCGAAUGAACCUGUUACUGAAAUGAAGGAUGGCGUCGAAUGGGUUUCGUUUGUCUACUCUCAUAAUCGCACUCUUAAAAGAUAUUCCAUUCGCACGGAUCUUCCUCAAAUCGAUCUCUCGGUGAUUGACGACAAGUUCAAGAGUGAGAACUGUGUUUAUCCUCGAGCUAAUUUACCCAAAGAAGAGUAUCACGGUAACAGAUGGGCUUAUGAGACUGAAUGUAAUGUGCUCGGUUGGAAAUUAGCAUGGCUUAAUAAAGAUGAGAUUGCUGGUAAGCGUGGAUUGAUUCAACGUGCUGUUGAUUCUUAUCGUAAUCGUUACCCUAGUAUGCGAUCUCGUCGUGUAGCUCGCCAAGAAAAGCUAAUGAACGGCACACUUCGUAAACGUAAGCAUCGUGAGGGCGAUGCUGAAAACGAUCAGGACAUGAGCUCAUCGUUGUCCGGUGUUACCAUUCAGUCUGCCCAUCAUCCCAAAACUAUUGCUAUUGAAGACGCCAACAACCAACGCUUUCGUAUCAAGAUCAAUGUCGAGUCUGUUGAUCUCGAGGAAAUUAAUAUCGAGUUUCGCAAGGCAAACUGUCCCUACCCUCGUGUUAUGAAUAUCGCUCAACCCAAUCCUCCCUCGUCGCGCUGGCUGGAAGAAACCAUGUGUAAUGAAUUGGCCUGGAAAUUGGCUUGGCUGAACCCUAGACAUCUGGCUGGUAAAAAGAACAUGCUUCAACGUGCUUUGGAUAUCUAUCGCUCCAAGUUUAUGCCCUCGCUUCAGCCUCGCAAGAACUCCAAUCGUGUGGCACCUAUUCCUCCUCCCUCCUUGACCAACACUGUCAGCCAGCAAGCCUCUCUCAUGGAUCUCUUACCUGUGAAUACCGUUCCUUUAACUGCUGAUGCCUUGUCUGCUCAAAAUGCCUUGUAUGAACAGAAUAGCGCUGUAACUGCUGCUGCUGCUGCUUCGCCUGCCAUGUCCAAUAUGAGUGGUACAACCGAAUCCCUUGACUUUGCUGAUUGCUUCUCGCUGGCCGAUGAAGAAAACAAGGACGAUGCUGCUGCUAAUGCUGCUGCUGCUGCUGUAUUCUGUGAUUUGUUGUUACAAGAUUCCUCUGUGCUCUUUGACAGUGCCAGCAACACAAGCACUCGUAUGAACUCAACCAGCUCUUAUUCCUCUGAUAGCACUGCCUGUACUCCUAGCCCUACUAUGCCCAACGAUCCUUUCUCUGCUGAUUUCUUUGAUAACUUUAUCAUGUCUUCCUCUACCGCUACAGACGAUCCAUUCUACAACAUGGUGAUUGACAGUUCAGCCACGACGACAACUGCAGCCGAUCUCUCGAAAUUGUACAAUACAACCAUUGAAGACACUUUUACCGCCAGUAAUUUGUUGGAUCCCCUCUUUUAA